GCCUAUUCAAGAGGGCUAUUAUGGAAAGUGGGGCCCAAAUGUAUAACAAGGACAGGGGUGUUGUCAAUACAACUGAGGCUUUAUCUCAGGCCAAAGCCAUUGCCAUAGGAUUGAAAUGCAAUGAAUCGGAGGAUUGGGUGCAUUGUCUGCGAAGAGCGGAUCCCAAAGAUAUACUGAAAUACGUGAACCCAAUCGCCACUUACCCGGUGUUUGGCACAGAGUUUUUGCCCAUUUCUGCCCGACAGGCAUUCAAUGAGAAAAAGUUUAAUCAAGACAUUGAUUUAAUUGCUGGCAUUGUACACGACGAGGGCCCGGGAUUUGUUGAGAUUGCCAUCAAAGACCCUGCUCAUAUGACAUUGACCGACUUUUACCAUGGACUAAACGUACUAGACUCACUCGGCUAUCACAACGUGAACGCGCAGAAAGUACCGCAAUAUUAUCUGAAAGGUGUCAACACUACCCAAUCGGGUGCACUGCGAAAGGCAUUUGGCUCACUAAUAGGUGACCUAAUACUCGGUUGUCCGACAUAUCUGUUCGCCAAACGGUUCGCACAGACAGUCAAAGAGUCCCAAAGGGUUUACUUUUACGAGUUGUUAUACGCCAGCGAGCGGUUUGCCAAACAGACCACGUGCGAUUUAACUACCCAGGGCGUUUGCCACGGUAUGGAUAUACCAUUUGUGUUUGGCUUACCUCUACUCAAUCCCAGUGAUUAUAGCAACGAAGAUAUCUAUUACGCUAAUUAUGUGGUGAAAAUAUGGUCUAAGUUUGCCACCGAUGGUCAUAUGAACUCUGAAUGGCCGCAACUGUUAAACAAUGACUCUAUGAGUGGACCCAAUGUGAAAGGAUUGGACCCCAAAAAUAUACCACUAGUACUCGACGACCCGUUUCACGACACUUGUGAUGGUGUUUGGGCUGAUUAUUACCUU